AUGAAUACAUUAGCUGCUCUUGUUUUGCUCUUCACUAUAUCAUAUGCUCAGGACUGUGGCCCUGGCUGGGUACUACGUGCAGACACCAACUUCUGCUACAGAUUUGAAACCUCUACUUUUAAAAACUGGACUAAUGCAAGGGACGCCUGCGAGUCUUUUGGAGGGAAUUUAGUUACAAUCUCAAGCGCCGAUGAACAGGCAUACUUAACAGGCCAAUUGAGUAACUUAACAACGGAGAUCUGGAUUGGUUUGAGUGAUGACCUCAGGGAAGGAGCCUGGAGAUGGGCGGACAGGUCAUGUGUGACAUACACCAACUGGAGCCCAGCUAUUGGAAUCUGGGGAGUGAUUGCGCCACCAUGCUGCCAUAUGCCCAGUACAAACAUCGAUGGAACGACGACAGGUGCUACAACAACUAUCCGUUUAUCUGCAGUAAAAGACUGG